AUGAGGGCGAACGCUUUUUGCGGCCACUUGGACAAAAUGGUGGAUGCUAUCAACGCACUUGACAAAGUCACCAGUGUCGUCUCCUGGACUGGGCUGAUUUUGAGAUAUGUCGCGAGUGGCCAGCAAAUGCUGGCAUUGAGAUUGUUUGCUGCUAUGCAGGCCGAAGGAGUUGCUCCAGAUUCCCGGACUGUCGUUGCUGCUUUGCGGGCUUGCACUGGCUUGGCAGCGAGUCAUGGCUAUGGCGCUCUAGAAGCCGGGAAGAAAAUCCAUCACCAAGUGUCCAUAGCUGGAUGCGAUAUGAAUCCGUUUGUGGUGAGCACAUUAAUUGACAUGUAUGCCAAAUGUGGGAGCCUCAUUGACGCUCGAAUGGUUUUCGACAAGAGGUUCGCUCGUUACAACGUUGUGGCAUGGAACGCAAUGAUCUUUGGCUACGUGAACAGCCACCAGGAAGGAAAAGCACUGGAUCUCUUCUCAAACAUGGUCAAAGAGAGAGGCUGUGAACCGACAAGUCGGACUUUGGUUGCGGUGCUCAAGGCUUGCUCGGGCCUAGCGGAGAAGGAGCUUGCCAAGAGAGUGUACGAGGAUGGAGAUUUGAGGCUUGUUAAGCUCCACUCGCUAGAGACGGGCAUGGCGGUUCACUCAUACGCUCGGAGUGCUGGAUUGGACACUGAUAUCUUUGUUGCCAACUCCUUGGUCGACAUGUAUGCCAAGUCUGGCAGCCUGGUAAGCUCGGCUGGAGUUUUUGAUGGCAUGAUCAGUCGCGACGUGAUUUCCUGGACUUCAAUGGUGCUUGGCUAUGCCGACUGUGGUGGCGAGGAGAUGGCAUUGGAGGCACUGGCACAGAUGCAUCUCGAGGGCUGCAAGCCGAAUUCUCUAACUUUCGCGGCCGCGUUCAAGGCAUGCAGCAAGCUUGCAGCCAGGGAAACGUGGACGGAAAUUCAAGGCCGGCGUGUGAAACUCGUUGCUCUCGAGAGAGGCAUGGCUUUGCAUUCUCAAUCUCUCAAGCAAGCCAAAGCCUGUGAUGAGUUUCUGCUGAGCAGUUUGGUGGAUCUGUAUGGAAGGUGUGGGAGCCUUGCUGAUGCUCGCCAUGUCUUCGGCCAGACGCGGAGUCAUCCUGUUCCUCUCACGUCCCUGAUGCUGGGCUACACCGAGAGUGGCGAGGCAAGAACCGCCUUGGAGCUGUUCGAACAGGAAAGGAAAGCUGUAGAUGCUCGGGCAUUUGUGGCCGCGUCGAGAGCUUGCAAAGCUCUAGCAGAGGAAGAAGAGGCCAGGGCCCUGGAUGGCAAGAGUGUCAAGGUUGGAGCUCUAGAGACAUGCAUGGCGAUUCAUUCAGCGGCUGCAAGGUAUGGAGUUGACUCGAGCACAUACCUGACGAGCUGCCUGAUCGAAGUAUAUGCCGGCUGCGGGAGCUUGUUGGAUGCUGUAACCAUUUUCAACCAGAGGAAGUUCCAAGACGUUUUCUCGUGGACAGCUUUGAUACUUGCGUAUGUUGGAAACGGGCAAGGAGGGCCUGCCUUGCAAGCCUUCAAAGUCAUGCAAAGGUCGCCUUGUUUCUCAUUCGCGAAUGCUCGCUGUUGUGCUGUUGGUCUUGCGGCCUGUGCUGCAUCUGGGGAUUCAGAGGCUGCCAGGAAACAUUGGCACGAGAUUUACAGGCGUGGUAUUGAAAGACUCAUAGAUUAG